AUGUCAUUUCCUCGCCUUUCUUUUUCAAACGCUUUAAAACUUGGAAUCAUUUUCUUGAUCAUCAAACAAUUAAAGGCUGAUGACGAACAGUUUGGUGAUAUUCAAAUGCUUUUCCGCCAAGUUGAUAAAGGUGGGUUCAGAUAAAAAAAUCUUUAUAAAAAUUGAGUUGUUAAUGUGCAGAUCUACACAGAAUGUGGAGUUGCAUUUUUAAAAAUACAAAUGUACUAAAGCUCCCGAAAAUAUUCCCUAAAAAAAUGAUUGUCGUUUUGGACCCUCCAGGGAAUACCAGAUAUGCAGCCAACGAUCAUCAAAAAUAUAAUAAAUUUUUUGGGGGAAAGAUCCCCAACCUAUUUUCGCCAUAAGUUAGUUACGUGCAGCCGCAGUGGAUAAAUCUAAUGUUGGGGGAGUUAUGCUCCCAAAAACGAUUCGAGUGAGGGCUAUCCUUUGCUUGAAGUUGACUAUUCAUGAAUUCCCUGCUAUGUGGUUUGAAACAAUGCGGAUGGCUAGGUUUUCGAUCCGUUGAGCCGGUGUUUCUGCAUGUCCGCAAAUCUUCCCUAGAACCCCAGAGGCCUAGUCUCUACCUCUAUUAGUCUAACUCUUUGUCUAUAUCCCCCUCACCAUUUAAAAGUUGUGCAUUAAAUCGACGUACUGCCUGGCAAAGGCAGGAAGAACUUCGGAACACAGUAUAAGAUCAACAGACGCGUUGACCAUGAGUUUCUUUUAAACAAGCUUUCCUUCCAAAAAAUCCCCACAUAUAGUGUGUCAAAGUAUUUUUUUCGUUGCUGAAAGUUAAAUUUGGGGACUUGGGGUAUGCGAAAGUGGGCGUUCAUUUUUAUACUGUAUAGUAAGUAUAUAUAUACAGCUGGCUGCGGAAAGUUAAGUUGCAGCAAAUUAAAGUUAACUUUCAGUUUCAGCAAUGAAAAAAUUACUGUCCAAAAGACAAGCUAUAUCGAUUUUAAAGUUUAAGAGAUUUUUAAGACAGAAAAAGUUAUUAAAAGACAUUAUCCAUGCACGGCCCCACUCCUUCACCUUAUUAAAUUUUAACCAUUGUCAUUUCUAUUUAAAAUAUAUUUUUACAAUUUUACAGGUUACAGACUAACUGGCAGCAUCUUAUCAGAGUUUAAAGUCUUUUCCUUGUUAGAUUGUGCUCUACAAUGUCUGCAGUACACGUAUGAGAUAUGUGUAGGCUUCAACUACAAAUCAGUAAUAAAAACUAAUGAAGCAAAGUGUCAAUUAGCUGUCAAACAGCCUGAUGACGCAAUGGACAUGGCAGCCGAGGACUGGACAUUUUAUCAAGUCGAGGUAACAUCAAUUAAUGAAUGCAUGUCCUGUAAAUCCGCUCCACUGAAUGAACACAUUAUUUUGACCGCCAAUGCUCGCAACUUACUUUAA